CUAACCUUUGUCAAUAUGAAGUUUACACUUGGUUACGUUGCUGCAUUGACCGCGUUGUGUGCUAAUUUUCAGCUAGCCGAGAGCGAAAGGCUAAGCAUGACACUUGAACAGAAAAAAGGACGUGUACUCAACACACCAGCCCAGUUGAACCGUGCUCUAGCCAAGUACGGUGUGGAUCAAUCCAAAGGCCGUAUCAAUGUCGGCUCCGCCGCGGCCAUCAUUGAACUGGAUAGUGCUUACGUCGAUGUAGAGUACGUUGGUAAAGUUGGUUUUGGCACGCCGCCACAGACCUUCAACAUGGAUUUCGACACGGGCAGUGCAGAUAUAUGGAUACCAUCCGUAAAAUGCGCCAAGUGCAACCAUCAUAGCCGGUUUGAUCCCGCCAAAUCAUCGACUUUCAAAGGUGGCGGGAAUGAAACAUGGAGUUUGCGGUACGGUGAUGGCUCUGCGGUGACUGGGGUCAUUGGGCACGAUACUGUGCAUUUGGGGGACGUCACACAUCCCGGUCAGCUGGUAGGACUCACUACGGCGGAAUCCAAUGAUUUCCUACGCGAUCAAUACAUGGAUGGUAUAUUUGGCCUCGGUUUCCCUAGCUUAUCAUACACAGGACAAAGGGAAUCCAUCGUCGUUGCUAUGCACCAGUCAGGGACAAUCAAUCAACCCUUAGUGGGCGUAUGGUUAGGCCGCGCUCGUGAUGGUGGUCACGGUGAAAUUAUAUUCGGCGACGUGAAUCCGAAUCACUUUGAAGGCGAGAUCAAAUGGAUCUCUUUGAUAAGUCGAAAAUACUGGGAAGUCAAGAUGGAGGGAAUCGAGAUCAAUGGUGAAACCAUCACAAAUACUUCUCAGGCGGCUAUUGUGGACACUGGCACAACCUUGAUUAUUCUUCCUCCAGCCCUUGCUAAAGCCAUCCAUGACGCCAUUCCCGGUGCCAAGUUCAGUUCGCUUUACGGCUGGCAGAUUCCUUGCACGGUCAAAGAUUCCGACGCUACUAUCUCGUUCAAGUUGGGUGGCUACGAUUUCCCUAUUUCGGUCACUAAUCUGAUCCGCGAAAGAUCUCCACCGCAAGACGGCAUGAAUCUGUGUUACUCGGGAAUCGCAGAAGCACCUAUUCCGCUCAUCAUUAUGGGUGACACUUUUUUGAGAAGCUAUUACUCAGUGUACGAUUUCGAGCAAGGUCGUGUGGGCUUGGCGCCUGCCAAGAAAUAGACUCGAAAAUUAAUCACUGC